GAGGUUUUGUUAGUGGUGGUCGUCACGCUAGUGGUGGCUCAGCAGGAGCUUUUGCUGUUGGUGGUCGUCACGCCGGUGGUGGUUCAGCAGGAGGUUUCGCUGUUGGUGGUCGUCACGCCGGUGGUGGUUCAGCAGGAGGUUUUAUUGGUGGUUCAACAGAAGGUUUUGUUGGUGGUUCAACAGAAGGUUUUGUUGGAAGUUCAACAGGAGGUUUUGUUGGUGGUAAUCAUGCUCCAGAUUACAGUCUUAGUCGUCCAAUUAUUCCCAUUGGUGGAUCAUUUGGAAGGGAUUUCAUUAUCGGAGACAUAGAUGAGGAUUUACUUCCAAGUAACCAAGGAGCCAUACAUUACUUACAGAUCACCUGA